UGCUGCUGUGGUCCCUGGGGCAGGCUGGUGGGUUUCUGAGCCUCCUAAUGCUCUUUGGCUUGUCCUUGCAGUCAGGCCAGUUCAAUGAAGACAUGAUCCCAACGGUGGGCUUCAACAUGAGGAAGAUCACCAAAGGGAACGUUACCAUAAAGCUCUGGGACAUCGGUGGCCAGCCGCGCUUUCGCAGCAUGUGGGAGCGGUACUGCCGUGGAGUGAGUGCCAUCGUGUACAUGGUGGAUGCUGCUGACCAGGAGAAGAUUGAGGCCUCGAAGAAUGAACUUCAUAACCUGCUCGACAAGCCGCAGCUCCAGGGCAUCCCGGUCCUUGUCCUGGGGAACAAGCGAGAUCUGCCCGGUGCCUUGGAUGAGAAGGAGCUCAUUGAGAAGAUGAACCUCUCUGCCAUCCAGGACCGAGAGAUUUGUUGCUACUCCAUCUCUUGCAAAGAAAAGGACAACAUUGACAUCACCCUACAGUGGCUUAUUCAGCACUCGAAGUCCAGGAGAAGCUGAGAACCCUUGGACUGCAGCUCAGAUCGGGAAGAUGCCAUUGUACAAGCCCAUACCCCCUUCCUUCUCCUGCUCUGUCCCUCCAGCUCUCUCUCUCUAGAUGGGUAUUUUUAGGGGACCCCAGACUCCACUCGCAUUGAGGUGGAGCCCUUGUUUUUAUUGUAAAGAAAAUGUCCGACUCUGCCCUCUUUUCCUCUCUCUGUCUCUUCUUCCCAUUUUGGCACUGUUCUGUUGUUGUCUGUGUAUACAGUAUAUAUAUAUGUAUAUAUAUUUUAAUUUUUUAAUUUAAGCACUAGCGCUGUUACUAAA